CCAAAUGGGAAUCUAAAAUAAAAAAGAGAAGUGUGAUCCAUAUAAAAAGGGGACAUGGUGGAGGUGGUGGUGGUAACGGUGACUUGUAUGUAAUAAGAGCACAAAAUUUAUAUUCCUUAGGAUAUAAUCAUCCUUGAAUAAUGUUAUGAUCAUCACCCCCCACAUUACAACUAUGGCUGCACCACCUCCGGACCAUAAACCAGAUUCAUCACCAGAAGACAGACAUGUCCCCGACCAGGAAUACCCUGAACCUCUCAGAUACACUACAUGGGUAUUGAGAGUAUCUAUCCACUGUGAAGGCUGCAAGAGAAAAAUCAAGAAAUUAUUGACCAACAUAGAUGGUGUUUACACAACGAAUAUCGACGUGAAGCAACAAAAAGUAACAGUGAUAGGAAACGUAGAACCGGAGAUUCUGAUCAAGAAGAUCAUGAAAGCCGGCAGACACGCCGAACUUUGGCCGGAAAACACCGACAACAAUUACCGAAGAGACAAAAAACCCAAAAAGUCCAAGAAAAAGGACAAAGACAGCGAGGACGACGAUCAAAGCACCGACGAAGACGACGACGGAGACCCCAGAAACGCCGACGACGGCGAACCGAACCAGGAGGUCAAACAAGUGCUGACCUUCGGAGUCCCCGGCGGUCAACCUCCGGCGGCCAGUGGAGACGGCGGCGGACCCCCGAAGAAGAAAAAGAAAAAGAAAAAGAAGAAGAAGAGCACCGCCGUAACCGCCGUCGAAGGUGGCGGAGCUCCGCCGCAGGAUACUCCGGAGACUAUAAUAUACUCUGCUCCUCCUGAUCAUCACGCUCCGCCGCAUCCGUAUCCGACGGCUCACAGCCCACCACGUCAGCAUUGCGGAGGGUACGGACCGCCUCCGUCAUAUUACGCGCCUCCACCAACGGCGUACACGGUGAGUUACAACACGGCGCACUCGAGAGGCGGCGAGUACAAUACGGCGCCGUAUCCUUCGUAUUAUUCGUACGAGUACGUGGAUCCUGGCUACGAAUCUCCACCGUCGGAAUUUUACUCGUAUAAAUCUCAGCCGUCGGAUUCGUUUGAGAUGCUUAGCGAACAGAAUCUGAACGCUUGCUGUGUCAUGUGAUUGGUGAGUUUUUUUUUUAACUGAAAUGACAUAAAUGGGCACGGUUUGUACUAGUACAUCUUAUUGAA